UCUUCUCCGUUUAAAAUGGUACAUCCCAGUUUGCCCUCCUCUCUUUUUUAUUCCCCUCCCACCUGCUUCCAGUGUCCUCCAUCUCUCUGCUGUCUCUUAUUUUCCAAUAUAAAGGACAUUGUAACUUCCACAGAUUCCUCUGCCUGCUCCUUCAUCCUUUACUCAUCUCAUCCCUGCACUUACUGGAAAGAGAAGACUGCUCCUGACCAGACCACACCUCAAGUCCCUGUGUCCAUGGAAGCCAAAACUAAGCCUGGGGCCCCAAAGCCCAAGGCAGCAUCACAAGCAGAGAAAAAGGAACCGGCAGCAGUCCGCAAAGCCGAACCAACACCUGCAGUCCCUGAAGCAGAGAAACUCCCUGCCUCCCAGGAUGGAGCGGCAGAGGCUGAAUCAGCAGCAGCAGCAGCAGCAGGUGACGAGACGGCAGCCUCUGGCACAAACUGUCUGGAACACCUGACCCCCUUUCUGAUUGGUGGUGCUGUCAUUGCCGUGGGGGCCAUCUUGCUGGGAGUACUGCUGGCUAGGAGAAACUAAAACUAAAUGUUGAAAUGAAGUUGGAGUAUUUAUUGGGCACUAUUAGAGUCCAAUAUUCUGCGUGUUCUUCACGACUGGUUCACAGACUAUUCAACUGCAAAUGACCGAUGGGGAGACGCUUUAUUUUGUUUUGGCCUGCUAUCACUGGUAGUGAAUUCACCCACUCAAGUUUUGAUCCAGACUGUGUAUGGUACAUAUUAAUAUUUAGCAUAAGCAUGAAGUUGCCACUAUACCACAUGUGAAAUGUAAUUAUCUUAAAAGAAAAUGAAGAAAAAAACCUCACACUAUACUGUUGAGCAAAAGAGGCCUAAUGUGGCUUUAUCAGCUUUUACUGCUUUAUCAUGUUUAACUUGGACUCAUGGUUGCAACAUUUUUGGUUUAUUUUUGUAAAGAUUAUGAAUACUGUAUUCGUUUGUUUCUCAAUGUUUCUAGUCUGUACAGGCUCUGGGAUUUUUUUAUAUAUAUUUUUUUUUUUCAGGAGGAAACAGAAAUCAUUCUGCAGAGAUGGCAGAAGAAAAGGCAGGGUUGUGCACAGUGAUUUAGUAAGGCACAUAUUUAACUUUGAAAAAUGUCUACCCUUUUACACAACUUACUAAUCUAUAAGCAGACUUUAUGACAAACAUCUGGUAUGGAAAAACUGGCCUAUCUCUGUUUGGAACUGUUUGCUUUUAAAGUAUUUUAGUAUUAUUUUUGAUUACUUUUUGGACAAGUCGGUUCUGUCACAGACACCAAUAUCAGUGAACAUAGUUAGGCUGUUUGUGAGCUAUAAUGUGCACCACGCCUGAACCAAAUUAUCUAGUUCAGUUACAGUUUAGACUUCUGAAUGCAGUUUAGAAGAGACUGAAUUUCAUAAAAGGUUAAACAAAAAAGAAACAUUUGUACAUUAAAAUCAAUAUACUAUUUUUUUUAAGACAAAACAUAGAAGCAUGCAGCAUUUUAGGGAUAGUAUUUAAUUGUUGGACUAUUAUUGUACACUUUGGGGGAAAAAAAGUUAAAUUGUAUUUUGAAGGAGACAAAAAUAAGAGAUGAAAAGCUCUACUGUAAAAUGCUAAGAGGAAUCAUUAACAUUUCAUGCCAUGCAAAAUACAAUCAGCCAUCUCAGAUCUGUCUGUUUACAUUGUUGCUUAAGAGCCAUUAGUGUUGCAGUAUCAAGUUGCCAAAACAUGUCUACUGGUUGUCUAUCCCAUGCAGUCUUAUUGCCCGAAAUAUCACCUGUACAGCUCCACAAGCAUGUCUGUUUAGCUUGAAUUAUAAAAUUUGAGUUUCUGCUUUCAUGAAAACAGGAAGAAGGAAGGCAGUGGUAACAAACACACACAUAAUUUAAGUUGUAGAGGAACUUCGAUAUUGCGCUCAGUUCUGACAGAAAAUUAUCAUAAAACACUCACCACAGCCACCCCUUCCAACCCCUACCAUGUCCAAGAAGAUAGUAGCACCAAAGUAAAUUUCACCUUACAUUGUACAAUAUAGUGUACCAAAAAAAGAAAAGGAAAAAUUCUUAUUUUCAUAAUUUUAACAGCGUAUAAAUGCAAUAAUUCAGGUAGGACUAUUCAUUUAGCACAUGUGCUGUAGCAAGUUAAAUUGCAUAGAUGAUGUAAUAAUGUUUGGUGUUGACGAUGGCGAUGUUGGUGACAAUACAUGAUGCCAAUGAUGAUGAUAGUUAUCAUUGUGUCUGUUAGAAUGAUACGAAGGAUAUUUUAUUAUUCUAUAUUUUAACUGAUUUUCAUAAUGCAGCCCGGCUUUUGUCCCCAAAUGUCUAAAUGUAAAAAAGGAAGAGUUUAAACUUCAGCCUCAAUAAAAGAAGUGAACCAGUC